AUGGCACCCAAGCGCAUCAUCGUCUUCUGCGACGGAACGUGGUGUGGAAGAGAGACCGGUACCACGACUAACAUCCUCGCUUUGGCCCAACUGGUCGGCACUGUCCGGUACAGCACAGUGCCCGGCACGGAGCCCACGGUCGUCCACCCCAUUGAGCCGCGUCAGAAGAACAUUGCAGCCGGGUACCAAGAAGGCGUGGGUCUGAACAAGACUUUCUUGGAAUACCUUUGGGACGGUGUCACGGCCUCGACUAUCGGUCAGGAAUGCAUCUCCGUCUACCGUUUCCUCGUCGACAACUACUCGUCCGAGGACGACGAGAUCUGGCUCUUCGGUUUUAGCCGGGGCGCCUAUACGGUCCGCAGCGUCGCCGGCAUGAUCAACAACUGCGGCCUUCUCAAGAAGGACCAGACUCCUCCCGUCACCGACUCGGAGCUCUCCGUCCUCUGUACAGAAGUGUACCAAACCUACCGCAGCCCCCUCCCAAUCGAUCACCCCAAAUCCCCUCGCUGCAGGCAACUCCGUGACGACUCCGACCACGUCUGGCAGAACAAGCGGCCGGUCCGACUCAUGGUGUGUAUCGACACGGUCGGGUCCAUGGGCAUCCCGCGCUUUAACGCCGGCGUGGGCUUCGACUGGCCCGACUUCUACGACCACUACGUUUCCACGGUCGUGAAGGAAAUGUACCACGCCCCCUGCCUGCACGAUCGCUUCUGGAUCUUCCAACCCUGCCUGGCCUACAACGACCCCUCGACGGCCGAAGUCAAGAUCCACCAGACGUGGUUCCCGGGCUGCCACUACGACGUCGGCGGCCAAUCGUUCCGCUUCCUGCGCCGCAAUCCCGUCAACACUUUGGAGCGGUGGCUCGGCGUCCUCCCCGCCGCGCUGAGCAAGCCCGUCUACCCGAACCAAGUCAUUUCCAACCUCGUCCGCAGGUGGGCUCUGACGGCCAUACGCGACGUCGAAGACGCAGACGGCAGGGACCUGCUCCUGGACCGCGCGAUCCCCAACAUCGAGCGCGUCAUCGCCGACUUGACGAGGAGGAUUGCGAUGCCCAAAUCCCAGCAGCCCCUCGGGCCUACGGGGUCCGGGGACGUGUAUGGCGAAGCUAGCAUUGUGGGGUAUGCGCCUGGCGGGCUGCUCCUGGCUCCGCUCGUCAAGAUGGGAGAUGCGGUUGUCGGCGCGCUGAAUUUGGUCAAGCCGGGCUUGGGCGGGGACGUGAGGGAUUUGGUUGGGGUGAAGAGUUUGCUGGGGUUUUGGGGGUAUACGAGGGAUAGAAGGGUCCCUGGGAGGAUGGGGAUGGUGGCUGUCGCGGAUGUUUAUCCUUAUAAAGAGGAGGAGGUGUUUGCCAAGGGGAAGGAUAGGGUGGUUUUCUCGGUGGAGAAGAAUGCGCGGUUGGAUAAGGAGAGGUAUCCGAGUCGGACGGAGGAGAAUUGGAGGGUGUGGAGGAGGGUGAUUGGGGUGUGA